AUGUGUUUGCUUGAGUGGGGUAUUGAUAAUGUGUUUACAAUUACAGUUGACAAUGCUAGUUCAAAUGAUGUAGCGAUCACAUACUUGAAAGAAAAAUUUGCUAAUUGGGAAAAAUGUAUUUUGGGAGGAAAAUGGACACAUGUUCGUUGUGUUGCACAUAUUAUGAAUUUAAUUGUUCAAAAUGGGUUGAACCACAUUGGGGAAUCUGUUGAACGUGUUAGGGUUGCAGUUAAAUAUGUUAGGCAGUCCCCAGCAAGAAUUAAAAGUUUUAAAAGUUUUGCUGAAAUUGAGAAAUGCUGUAGCACUAAGAAUUUGGUGCUUGAUGUCCCUACAAGGUGGAAUUCGACCUAUUUAAUGUUGGAAACAGCCCAAGCAUAUGAAAGAGCUUUUAGUAGAUUUGAUGCUGAGAAUUUACAUUUUAGGGAAGAUCUUGAAAAUACCGGGGUGCCUAGAAUAGCGGAUUGGAAGAAUGUUAGGAGGUUGAUUGGUUUUCUUGAACAUUUUUAUGAUCUUACUUUGAAAGUUUCAGGGACAAAGAAUGUGACUGCUCAUUCUUUUUUGGAUGACAUAGCUUGUAUUGUUGUUGUAUUGAAAAAAUGUCUCAAUGAAGCAGAUGAUGUUGGCCUUAAAGACAUGACAAAGUUUAUGAAAUCAAAGUUUGACAAAUAUUAUGGAGUGAUUGAAAAAAUGAACAUGUUAGUUGUUGUUGCUUCUGUGCUUGAUCCUAGGAAUAAGUUUGAAUAUCUAGAAGUUUUGUUUACUGAUGUGUAUGGAAAGGUGGAUGGAUCAUCAAUCGUUCAAAUUGUCAAAGAAUCAAUGAAUGAUUUGUAUGAUGAAUAUAUGAGAAUUCAUGCUCUACAUAAUACAACUCAUUCAUCUACUUAUGAUCAUUCUUCGUCUUCAUCAUCACUGGGAAAAGUUCAGAAAUGA